AGUGCCUUGACGCUCCACACAGGAUGUCCUUGAUAGGGGGCUAUGGUUUAUUUGAUACCAUAAUGGUGAGAGGGGCAGGGUGGAACUGUCUGAGGCAGAGGGUGUGUCAAGUCAAGUCCCGUUUGCGUUCCUCAAGAGGAGCAUAGGCUAAACCUUAUCCAAGAAGCGUCUGUUAGAGAGAAGAACUGGCAUGAGCUGAAACUUUUAAAGCUGAUAAUACACGAACGGAUAUAUAUUAGAAACUUUAAAAAGUCACUCAAACUUUUUUGUUGAAUAAAGAAGCCAUCACUCAACACAAACAUCCCUUUCAGAAUGCCAGGAGAACGAUUGACAGCGAGCGGUUCUGAUCGGGGCCGUUUCCAUGGCAAUGCCCUGACCAUAGUAGAGGCAACCAACCAGGAGGAGGUGGAGUCUAAGGAGCAGGGGGGCUGUCUCCAGGGUUUUCAGAAGAUAUGCUGCUGCUGGCCACGCCAGAGCAGCUUGUACGACAUCACAGAUACAGUUGUCAAGGACGAAGUGGUGAAACCGGCCCCGCUUCCUGAGCCCCCUCAGCCCCACACUGGAGACAAUGAGCUGGAAGAGUUGAUGUUGUCAGUGCACUCGGUGGAUCUACUGAGCUCUAAAACGGGUCAGAACCGCAUGGAGCAUCACACCGACCGUUACCAUGGCAACGCGCUCAUCAUCCGACGUGGCCAGACCUUCCAGAUAGAACUGGACCUGUCGCGACCUUUCAACUCCAACACAGACAAACUCCACCUGGACCUCAAGACAGGACCCCUCCCCAUGGUGUCAAAGAACACGCACGUCAUCAUUCAACUGGUGGAAGAGCUGGAGGACGACCGCUGGGAGGCCAAGAUAGUGGAGCGGAACGGCAACAGGAUCAAGCUGUCCGUCAACUCGCACGCCAAAGCUGUGAUUGGCCAGUACAAGCUCACCGUGACGGUGGAGUCUCCAAAGGGCGAGUCUGCAACCACACACGACCCCAGGAGAGACAUCGUCAUGCUGUUCAACCCCUGGUGUGAAGAUGACACAGUGUACAUGGAUGAUGAGGAGGAGAAGAAGGAGUAUGUGCUGAAUGACACAGGAAGACUCUACUACGGCACAGAGAAACAGAUUGGAGAUCGCACAUGGAACUACGGACAAUUCCUUGAGGGGAUGCUGGAGGCCUGUCUCUAUGUGCUGGAGAAGAGUGAGAUCCCUCCGCCUGGUAGAGGGGACCCUGUCAACGUGGUCAGAGUCAUAUCUGCCAUGAUCAACGCCCAAGAUGACAAUGGGGUCCUGGCAGGGAAUUGGUCAGGGAACUAUGUAGGAGGAGUUUCCCCCACAGCCUGGAAUGGCAGUGUGGAGAUCCUGAAGAAAUACCAAAAGGAUGGAGGCCUGCCUGUCAAAUACGGACAGUGCUGGGUCUUCUCUGGGGUCACCACCACAGUGCUCAGGUGCUUGGGUAUACCGUGCCGUAGUGUGACAAACUUCCAGUCGGCCCACGACACAGACGUCUCACUCACCACAGACAUGUAUUUUGAUGAGAAUAUGGAGCCGCUCAACGAACUCAACGCUGACUCUGUUUGGAAUUUCCAUGUAUGGAACGACUGUUGGAUGGCCAGGCCAGACCUUCCUCCUGGUAACGGCGGCUGGCAGGCAUUAGACGCCACCCCGCAGGAGACCAGCCAGGGGACCUUCCGCUGUGGCCCUGCUUCUGUCACCGCCAUCCGCACCGGCCAGGUCUACCUCAAAUACGACACACCAUUCAUCUUUGCUGAGGUGAACAGUGAUAAGAUCUACUGGCAGAGGAACCUGGAUGGUAUCUUCACUCAGAUCCAAUGUGAAAAGAAGGCCGUGGGCCACUGCAUCAGCACCAAGGCUGUGGGCUCUGACAAACGCGAUGACAUCACACACCUGUACAAACACACCGAAGGAUCAGAAGAGGAACGUAUCGCCGUGGAGACGGCCAGUCGUUAUGGCACCAAGCCUGAUGUGUACUCUACAUCCAUGGCGGAGGACGUGAGCUUGGAGGUGAAGAUGGAGGGAGAGGGACCUCGUAUGGGGGCUGACGCCCAGCUGACCAUCGUGAUGACCAAUUUGAGCUCCCAGACCCGCAAGACCACGCUACACAUCCAGGUGGCAGUCAUGUACUACACCGGGGUGCUGAAGGGCACCGUCAAGAAGGACAAGAUUCCUGUGGUGCUCAAGCCCAAUGAAGUGAAAACCAUGGAGUGGGUCCUGCCCUACCAUAGCUACCAGGACCAGCUGGUGGACCAGGCUGCUCUAAUGCUGACUCUGUCUGGACGGGUCAGUGAGACCCAACAGGUCCUGGCCACUCAGACCAGCUUCAGGCUACGCACACCCGACCUCAACAUCGAGGCUGUAGGGGAGGCGGUGGUAGGUAAGAAGAUGACAGCCAAGAUCACGUUCACCAACCCUCUGCCACGUACACUGAGGGGCGUGGUGCUCAGGGUGGAGGGACUGGGCCUGCAGGAGCUCAAAGAGGUGGUUGUGGGUGAUGUUGGGAGCCACUCUACGGUGACUCGGACAGAACACUUCAUACCCACCCAGGCUGGACACAGGAAGCUGGUAGCAGCUCUGGACUGUAAACAGCUGACACAGGUGCACGGGGUUGCUGACAUCGUUGUCCAGGACCAAUGAGAGGGAGCCUUCCACUGCUCUCUCCUGUCCACUUAUCUGGUGUUUCAUUCAAGUCGCCUAAAAGAAAAUGGGAAGCCUUUUAUUCAGUUUUACCAUGAUUUGAGUAUAAUAUUUUUUUUUUUUCAUGCUGACAUGUAAUUAAGGAAAUACCCUGAUCUUUGGAUGAAGUUGUACACUAAAUUGUUUUACCAGUGUUAAUGUUUUUAAUACUCACGUCAUAUUUUUCAAAUCAAUCAAGUUUAUUUGUCACAUGCUUCGUAAACAACAGGUGUAGACUUAACAGUGAAAUGCUUUCUGACGGGCCCUUCCCAACAACGCAGAGAGAGAAAAAGGAUAAAAAGAAAAAUAAUAAUUUGAGGAAUAAAUACACAAUGAGUAACGAUAACCUGGCUAUAUACACGGGGUACCGAGUCAAUGUGCUGGGGUACGAGGUAAUUGAGGUAGAUACAGUAGGUAGGGAUAAAGUGACUAGGCAACAGGAUAGAUAAUAAACAGCAGUAGCGUAAGUGAUGAAUAAAAAGAGUCAAUGCACAUAGUUAAAUAGUUACCCUUAUGGCUUGGGGGUAGAAGUUGUUCAGAGUCCUGUUGGUCCCAGACUUGGUGCCACGGUACCACUUGCUGUGGUAUCAGAACAAACAUUCAAUUAUUUGGGAGGCUGGCUGGCCUUUCUCUGACACCGCCUGGUAAGCUCGGCCCCAGUGAUGUACUGGGCCAUACGCACCACCGGUCAAAUUCCAAACAGUUGGCAAACCAAGUGGUGAUGCAGCCAAUCAAGAUGCUCUCAAUGGUGCCGCUGUAUAACUUUUUGAGGAUCUGAGGGCCCAUGCCAAAUCUUUUCAGCCAUUGAAGGGGAAGAGGCAUUGUCGUGCUUUCUUCAGGACUGUGUUGGUGUGUGUGGACCAUAAUAAUUCCUUAGUGAUGUGGACACAGAAACUUGAAGCUCUAGGCUCCGUCCACUGCAGCCCUGUCGAUGUGGAUGGGGGCGUGCUCGGCCCUCCUUUUCCUGUAGUCCACGAUCUGAUUCUUUGUCUUGCUGACAUUGACGUCGAAGGUUGUUGUCCUGGCACCACACUGCCAGGUCACUGACUUCCAUAUAGGCUGUCUCAUCAUGGCCGGUGAUCAGGCCAACCACCGUCAUGUCAUCAACAAACUUAAUGAUGGUGUUGGAGUCAUGCACCGCCACGCAGUCGUGGGUGAACAGGGAGUACAAGAGGGGACUAAGCACGCACUCGAGGGGCCCGUGUUGACGGUCACCGUGUCGGAUGUGUUGUUGCUUAUCCUCACCACCUGCGAGCAGCCCAUCAGGAAAUCCAGGAUCCAGUUGCACAGGGAGGUGUUCAGUCCCAGGGUCCUGAGCUUAGUGACGAGCGUGGAGGGCACAACGGUGUUGUUCCUUACACAGCCUGGAGGUCUGUUUUGGGUCAUUGUCCUGUUGAAAAACAAAUGGUUUGCACUUAGUGGGACUGGCGUGUCGCUGCAGAAUGAUGUGAUCGCCAUGCUGGUAAAGUGUGCAAUUUAUUUAGAAUUCAAGGCAGACAGUGUCACCAGCAAAGCACCACCACACAUCACAUUUCCUCCUCUGUGCUUCACGGUGGAAACCACAUGCGAAGAUAAUCCAAGAAACGCAAGCAAUGGACAUUAGACUAGUGGAAAUCUGUCCUUUGGUCUGAUAAGUCCAAAUUUUUGAUUUUUGGUUCCAACCGCUGUGUCUUUGUGUGAUGCAGAGUAGGUGAAUGGAUGAUCUCCGCAUGUGUGGUUCCCACCGUGAAGCAUGGAGGAAGUGUGAUGGUGUGGGGGUGCUAUGCUGGUGACACCAUCUAUGAUUUAUUUAGAAUUCAAGGUACACUUAAGCAGCAUAGCUACCACAGCAUUCUGCAGUGAUACACCAUCCUAUCUGGAUUGCGCUUAGUGGGACUAUCAUGUGUUUGUCAACAGGACAACGACCCAAAACACACCUCCAGGCUGUCUAAGGGCUAUUUUACCAAGAAGGAGAGUGAUGGAGUGAUGGAGUGCUGAAUCAGAUGACCUGGCCUCCACAUUCCCCAACGUCAACCCAAUUGAGAUGGUUUGGGAUGUGUCGGACCGCAGAGUGAAGGAAAAACAGCAAACAAGUGCUCAGCAUAUGUGGGAACUCCUUCAAGUAUUUCAGGUGACUACCUCAUGAAGCUGGUUGAGAGAAUGCCAAGAGUGUGCAAAGGCAAAAGGUGUCUACUUUGAAGAAUCUCAAAUAUAAAAUAUAUUUGUUUAACACUUUUUUUGGUAACUACGUGUUAUUUCAUAGUUUUGAUGUCUUCACUAUUAUUCCACAAUGUAGAAAAUAGUAAAAAUGAAGAAAACCUUUUUUAAAUUUAUUUUUUAUUUCACCUUUAUUUAACCAGGUAAGCUAGUCUCAUUUACAACUGCGACCUGGCCAAGAUAAAGUAAAGCAGUGCGACACAAACAACAACACAGAGUUACACAUGGAAUAAACAAGCGUACAGUCAAUAACACAAUAGAAAAAAAAGUCUAUAUGCAGUGUGUGCAAAUGGCGUGAGGAGGUAAGGCAAUAAAUAGGCCAUAGUAGCAAAGUAAUUACAAUUUAGCAGAUUAACACUGGAGUGAUAGAUGAGCAGAUGAGGAUGUGCAAGUAGUGAUACUGGUGUGCAAAACAGCAUAAAAGUAAAUAAAAACAAUAUGGGGAUGAGGUAGGUAGAUUGGGUGGGCUAUUUACAGAUGGACUAUGUGUAGCUGCAGCGAUCGGUUAGCUGCUCAGAUAGCUGAUGUUUUAAGUUAGUGAGGGAAAUGUAAGUCUCCAGCGAUUGUUUUGCAAUUCGUUCCAGUCACUGGCAGCAUAGAAUUGGAAGGAAAGAAAGAGGUGUGGUCAAAAGAGGUGUUGUCUUUGGGGAUGACCAGAAGAGGUGUUGUCUUUGGGGAUGACCAGAAGAGGUGUUGUCUUUGGGGAUGACCAGAAGAGGUGUUGUCUUUGGGGAUGACCAGAAGAGGUGUUGUCUUUGGGGAUGACCAGAAGAGGUGUUGUCUUUGGGGAUGACCAGAAGAGGUGUUGUCUUUGGGGAUGACCAGAAGAGGUGUUGUCUUUGGGGAUGACCAGAAGAGGUGUUGUCUUUGGGGAUGACCAGAAGAGGUGUUGUCUUUGGGGAUGACCAGAAGAGGUGUUGUCUUUGGGGAUGACCAGAAGAGGUUUUGUCUUUGGGGAUGACCAGAAGGGGUGUUGUCUUUGGGGAUGACCAGAAGAGGUGUUGUCUUUGGGGAUGACCAGAAGAGGUGUUGUCUUUGGGGAUGACCAGAAGAGGUGUUGUCUUUGGGGAUGACCAGAAGAGGUGUUGUCUUUGGGGAUGACCAGAAGAGGUGUUGUCUUUGGGGAUGACCAGAAGAGGUGUUGUCUUUGGGGAUGACCAGUGAGAUAUACCUGCUGGAGCACGUGCUACGGGUGGGUGUUGUUAUCGUGACCAGUGAGCUGAGGUAAGGUGGAGUUUUACCUAACAUAGACUUGACCUGGAGCCAGUGGGUCUGAUGACGAAUAUGUGCGGGGGCCAGCUGACUAGAGCAUACAGGUCGCAGUGGUGGGUGGUAUAAGGGGCUUUGGUAACAAAACGGAUGGCACUGUGAUAGACUGCAUCCAGUUUGCUGAGUAGAGUAUUUGAAGCUAUUUUGUAGAUGACAUCGCCGAAGUCGAGGAUUGGUAGGACAGUCAGUUUUACUAGGGUAAGUUUGGCGGCGUGAGUGAAGGAGGCUUUGUUGUGAAAUAGAAAGCCGGUUCUAGAUUUGAUUUUGGAUUGGAGAUGUUUUAUAUGAGUCUGGAAGGAGAGUUUACAGUCUAGCCAGACACCUAGGUAUUUGUAGUUGUCCACAUAUUAUAAGUCAGAACCGUCCAGAGUAGUGAUGCUAGUCAGGCGGGCGGAUGCGGGCAGCGAAAGGUUGAACAGCAUGCAUUUGGAUUUGCUAGCGUUUAAGAGCAGUUGGAGGCCACGGAAGGAGUGUUGUAUGGCAUUGAAGCUUGUUUGGAGGUUAGUUAACACAGUGUCCAAAGAAGGGCCAGAUGUAUACAGAAUGGUGUCGUCUGCGUAGAGGUGGAUCAAGGAAUCACCCGCAGCAAGAGCGACAUCGUUGUAUAUACAGAGGAAAGAGUCGGCCCGAGAAUUUAACCCUGUGGCACCCCUAUAGAGACUGCCAGAGGUCUGGAAAACAGGCACUCCGAUUUGACACACUGAACUCUGUCUGCGAAGUAGUUGGUGAACCAGGCGAGGCAGUCAUUUGAGAAACCAAGGCUAUUUAGUCUGCCGAUAACAAUACGGUGAUUGACAGAGUUGAAAGCCUUGGCCAGGUCGAUGAAGACAGCUGCACAGUAGUCUUUUAUUAAUGGCGGUUAUGAUAUCAUUUAGUAUCUUGAGCGUGGCUGAGGUGCACCCAUGACCAGCUCGGAAACCGGAUUGCACAGCGGAAAAGGUACGGUGGGAUUCAAAAUGGUCAGUGAUCUGUUUAUUAACUUGGCUUUCAAAGACUUUAGAAAGGCAGGGCAGGAUGGAUAUAGGUCUAUAAAAGUUUGGGUCUAGAGUGUCACCCCCUUUGACGAGGGGUAUGACCGCGGCAGCUUUCCAAUCUUUAGGGAUCUCGGACGAUAUGAAAGAGAGGUUGAACAGACUGGUAAUAGGAGUUGCAAAAAUGGCGGUGGAUAAUUUGAGAACGAGAGGGUCCAGAUUGUCUAGCCCAGCUGAUUUGUACGGGUCCAGGUUUUGCAGCUCUUUCAGAACAUCUGCUAUCUGGAUUUGGGUGAAGGAGAAGCUGGGGAGGCUCAGGCAAGCAGCUGCGGGGGGUGCGGAGCUGGGUCGGGGUAGCCAGGAGGAAAGCAUGGCCAGCCAUAGAGAAAUGCUUAUUGAAAUUUUAGAUUAUCAUGGAUUUAUCGGUGGUGACCGUGUUACCUAGCCUCAGUGCAGUUGGCAGCUGGGAUGAGGUGCUCUUGUUCUCUAUGGACUUUACAGUGUCCCAAAACGUUUUGGAGUUAGAGCUACAGGAUGCAAAUUUCUGUUUGAAAAAGCUAGCCUUUGCUUUCCUGACUGACUGCCUGUAUUGGUUCCUGACUUCCCUGAACAGUUGCAUAUGGUGGGGACUAUUCGAUGCUAUUGCAGUCCGCCACAGGAUGUUUUUGUGCUGGUCAAGGGCAGUCAGGUCUGGAGUGAACCAAGGGCUAUAUCUGUUCUUAGUUCUACAUUUUAUGAAAGGGGCAUGCUUAUUUAAGAUGGUGAGGAAAUUACUUUUAAAGAACGACCAGGCAUCCUCGACUGGCGGGAUGAGGUCAAUAUCCUUCCAGGAUACCCGGGCCAGGUCGAUUAGAAAGGCCUGCUCGAAGAAGUGUUUUAGGGAGCGUUUGACAGUGAUGAGGGGUGGUCGUUUGACCGCGGACCCAUAGCGGAUGCAGCCAAUGAGGCAGUGAUCGCUGAGAUCCUGAUUGAAAACAGCAGAGGUGUAUUUGGAGGGCAAGUUGGUCAGGAUAAUAUCUAUGAGGGUGCCCAUGUUUAUGGAUUUAGGGUUGUACCUGGUGGGUUCCUUGAUAAUUUGUGUGAGAUUGAGGGUAUCUAGCUUAGAUUGUAGGACUGCUGGGGUGUUAAGCAUAUCCCAGUUUAGGUCACCUAACAGAACGAACUCUGAAGAUAGAUGGGUGGAAAUCAAUUCACAUAUGGUGUCCAGGGCACAGCUGAGAGCUGGGGGGUCUAUAACAGGCGGCAACAGUGAGAGACUUAUUUCUGGAGAGAUUCAUUUUUUAAAUUAGAAGUGUUUGGGCAUAAACCUGGAAAGUAUGACAGAACUUGAAUGAGUAGGUGUCCAAGCUUUUGACUGGUACUGUAUAUUAUUCACAUCCUUGUUCAACCACGACUCCGAGAAACAUGGGAGGUCAAGGUCCUGUUGAUAGGAUAGUCUCGAACGGAGCUCGUCCAGUUUGUUCUCUAGGGAUCGUAUGUUCACCAAUAGAACGGAGGGUAGAGGCGGUUUAGUUACUCGGCGACGUCUUGUCAGGGAGCCCACUCGUUUGCCUCUCUUGAGGAGAGCAGUACAUCCACAACUGCCGACUCGUUGAAGUAGAAAUCUUCAUCCGAAUCGAGGUUAGUGAUCGCUGUUCUGACAUCCAGAAGCUGUUUUCGGUCAUAGGAAAUGAUGGCGUGAAUAUUAUGUACAACAACAAAAAAAGACAACACACAUAGCAGAAUUGGUCAUGAUGGCAUCUAUCCAUCUCUGCAGCGCCAUCACGAUCAAUAUCCACUAGAUUCACCAGCGUGCCUUGCUCUGAAAUGGACUUUCCAUUACUGUUAGGGUCGUCCACACUUAUGAAGAAGAAACAGAAUUAUUGUUAGGGCCAUUGAAAUGCUUUAUGAAAAAUCCUGUGAUAUAUUUUAUUAUCUAGAUAUACAUGAUCUAAUGUUACUGUAUUUUCAGUAGAAUGUACUGAACAAACGAUGUCAAGUUUCUGUCAUCAAAAUAUUGGAUUAAUGCACUGUAUAAGCAUACGAGUAUCCAGUGAUGUUAUUAUUCAAGAUGUAUGCAUUGUACAUUGUUGGAUAUACUGUAUGUAGCGUAACAUGGUUUUAUAUGAAGGUGAAACGCUUCAGUUUGAUUUUGUGAGGCUUAUGCCUAAAGAAGUCCUUCUCAAUGUGUUUGCUUAUUUUUAUAUGAAAGAAUUGAAGACAUUAUUAUCUUAUUUUGCUAAUAGUGCUUCCUUGCCAUAAAGUGCUCUUAUGAAAUCACUGUUCCAAACAGCGGUCAGCUCCUGAGAGUUGACAGUUGUAUCCAUGGCUCUUGUUGACCUUGGUCUGCUCUCAUAGUUUGUGAGUUUGGACUUUAAAAUACAAGAGAGGAAACUGUUUUAACGCAGUACAUUUAGAUUGUAUUAAUUCAUCUAUAUACAUGUAUUUUUUAAAUUGUCAAUGUAUUUGUUAAUCAACAAUGUUCCCUGUUAAAUUGCCUGGUGAAAAUCUCCCUUUUUAAAGUUCAUAUUCUGUUUACUCAUACCUAAAGAAUGUUGCCAACUCAGCCUAUACUCGUAUUUGUGGUCAAAGCAUUAAUUGGAGAAAAAAAAACACUUUAAAAACCUCACCUCAAACAAAGCGUUUCAAAAAGUUGUACUAUUUUCUCAUGUCAUCCUGAGGAGGAUGAGCUGGUGGUCUACUCGCAUAAAUAUUUGUAAUGACCUGUAUAUGCACCCACACCCUUCCAACACAAAAAGCUGCUUUUUAACUUCAUUACUAUUUCAUGAAAAGAAAACUAUUUCACUCUUAAUGUAAUUAUUUAUAGGUCAUAUUUCAUAGAAAUGUGGAAACACUGGAAAGUUACUUUGAAGUGAAGUUAUUUGCAUGAUGACUCCCUGUAGGACAAAAAGGUGUGAAUAGAUCAGAAAGAUGACAUCGUUCAAUGUAACAGAGUAGCAAGUACAUACCUCUAGUAGCCAAACUUUCCCUCCCUGGCUCACUUAUUUUAAAAUCCAGAAUUAUAACUCUAUACACCCUUGGCUUCCUCAUUAACCUGUUAUUAUCUAUUCAAAUUGUGUAGCUUCAGGCAAAGGUGUGCCUUGCACAAUUUAACCUGAGGAAAUGGGAAAUCUCAUGCUUAUAAUUCAGUGGAGGCUGCUGAGGGGAGGACGGCUCAUAAUAAUGGCUGUAACAGAGCGAAUGGAAUGGCAUCAAAACACAUGGAAACCAUGUGUUUGAUGGUGUUGAUAGCUUUCGACCUAUUCCGCUCCAGUCGUUACCACAUGCCCGACCUCCCCAAUUAAGGUGCCACCAACCUCCUGUGAUAUAAUUUGAUCUCAACAGUAGAGUUGGCAUGAAUGGGAUCUGUGUGGCUCAUCCACACGUCCCUUAAAGGUAGUGCCCAGGCCUAAGUGGAAACACCCCAAACAUACUGCAUGGAACAGGAACUUAAAUAGCAAUUUGCUGAUCUCUUGUGGUCAUGUUAAGUAUAUUGUGUUACUGUCCUGGCCAUAGAGAGCCCUCAGGGGGUUCUCUAUGGUGUUUUAGGUCAGGGCGUGACUAGGGGGUUUUCUAGGUAUUACAUUUCUAUGUUGGUGUGUGUGUAUGGUUCCCAAUUAGAGGCAGCUGAAUAUCGUUACCUCUAAUUGGGGAUCAUACUUAGUGUGUCCUUUUUGUUGUUUUGUAUGAGUGCCUAUGUGCACUACGUAUUUCAUGAUCGUUAUAUCGUUGUUGUUUUGGAAGUGUCACUAUCAUUAAAAUGUGGAACUCUA